GUCAUGUGACCACAUUGACAAGGCAACAUGGCGGAUGUGGAUGCGACGAAGUCUCUGAGCGGUCUGUUGAAUGGAAUAGCUCAGAAAGUGUAUUAUAACAACACGGAGAUCACAGAGGAGCUGCUGAAGAAUGAACUGUACCCCGAACUGUCGCAGGAGGAGUUCACGGCUUUACACGAGAAAAUGAAAGGACUCAUAAAGUCUAUCGCCACAGCAGACAUGGACCAUGCCCAGCUGGAGGCCUUCCUCACAGCUCAGACCAGGAAGCAGGGCAGCGGCGGCGUGAACGCCGAACAGGCCGCCGCCCUCUCUCGCUUCUGGAAGAGCCAGCGGGCGCGGGUCAGGGAGAGCCUGCUGGCUCAGAGCCGCUGGGAGCCCGGGCUCAGGGGCCUCUCCUGGAGGGUGGACCUCCAGACGGCGGCCGGCCGGGGGGACGCGGGUCACAGCGGCCCGGUCGCCCUGGUGGAGCUGGAACUGGGCAGGGACAGACAGGACUCAGAGUUUGUGUGUCUGGAGUUUGAUGAAGCCAGCGUCAACCAGAUGCUGAAGAAGAUGGCCGACAUCCAGGAGAGUAUCGACAGGAUCGUUCACCGCACCUAAAACACUGUGAGAGUUUAUCUCAGACGGCAGAGAAACACUGAGCCGUGACUGGACUCUAACUGUCUCUGUCCUAUCAGAUCUGUUUCAUCUCGUUCAACAGCAUCGCAAUGAAACGGACGCUGUUCAGACCUUUGUUUGCCAGAAUGGAUCCAACAUGGCUUUGGCAUCUGCCUACAGACAUAUGAUCAGACACAUGCAUUUCAAGAUACAACUUGGCUUCAUUCAGACAUGUUCCCAUAUGAAUCUGAAGCAUCUGACUCAUUGAUGGACCAAACAUUCUGUUUACCAACCAUAAUUCAAAGAAAACAGAAGCUUCCAUAUUAGCAUAAAAUGUUCGCAAGCUUAAUUUUCCAUUCAGUUCUUUUUAACAUAUUUCUGAACAUGCACACUGUAGUUAAUGUUAGUGUUUAGCUCAAAGUAUAAUCCACUAAUACAGAUUUUGUGUUGCUAUCACCCUCCUCGAAUGCUAAGCUUGGAUGUAUAAGGUUUAAUAAUACAUCCAUGAUGCUAAGUAGCUAAUGCUAACUUAACAGGAGAACAUGCUAAAUGUUUACUUGUCACUCAAAUAUUCCAUUCAGUUUAACAUUCAUUUAGCAUGUUAUCAGGCCAAUAUUAGCAUUUAGCUCAAAGUAUAAUCCACUACUACUGAUUCUGUUUUGUGCUAUCACCCUUUUCCAAUGCUACCUUAAUAGCUAAUGCUAACAAUUAGCAUUUGGCGAGCUAAAUGUUAGCUUGUCACUCAAAUAUCCAGUAGCCUAUGCCAGUCAGUUAGCAUGUUAACAUAAGCAUUUAGCUUCACUAAUACACCCUCCUUGAAUGCUAACUUGGUAACUAUAAUGCUAACAUUAGUACAUGAAUGUGUUAAAGGUUAAAGGUUAGCGUGUCUCUCAAAUAUUCAGUUCACUUUAAUUCAGUGCAACAUUCAGUCAGCAUUUUAGCAAGCUAACAUAAGAAUAUAGGUCACAGAGGAGGCCAAGUACAGCUGACAAAGUCCAGGUUAGGCUGAUAAAGACUAGCUUGUUACUGCCAUCAGUGGGUGUUGUCAGGUGUAUCCUCAAUAAAGAAUUUAGAUAAUCCUGUCCUUUUAAGACAGAGGUGUCAAACUCCGCCCCUGAGCCCACCUGGUGUCAGGUAGACGUACAGAUCAUUCGUGGCUCAUUAAUUUUUUAGAGGAACAAAAACCUGCAGAACAUCAGCACUUGACUACUAGAGUGUGACACCACAGCUUUAAGACAUUUAUUAGGUUCAGUUUUAGUGUCUUUUAAUAAACUAAAUGCAGUUGAAUUCUCCACACCUGUCCAGGGGGAUAAAUAACCUCACUUAAGUUUGUAUUGUUAUUACUUUCAAUGAGUAUUUCCUGUGGGCAGUGAGGAGGCCACAUUACUGUAGAGGUGGGUGACACUGACAAGAUAUCUGACAUGCAGUAAAAGGCUGAUUUCAGCUUGAUUAAAAAAGAUUAAGAAAAAAGUCAGUAAAGUUUGAACUGUAUAAACCUGGUUCAGGUCACAGCUCUGCCUUCAGGCUACAAGACUGUACUUACAACCUAACACAAGUUUGAGUUUUACUGUUUGACCGCCUUAAACAUAACAAUAGUAUAUUUUUCCUUUGAGAUUUGUCAGUACUUGCAGAGUAAAGCUUCAGCGUGUGGAGAUAUUUCUCUCUGAAGUUUUGUUUGGUGAGUUUUAGAAAUUGAGAAGUGAAGAGAAUCAUAUAGAAAACUGCUCAGUGUAAAUAUUUCCUUGUCUUUGUCCUAACUGCUUUGUAAUAAACCCCAGUGAUGAUCAUGA